AACGGCCGGUUUGUGGGCGAUGCUGACCUUGAGAGACAGAAAUUUUCAGAUUUGAAACUCAACGGACCCCAGGAUCACAGUCAUCUUCUGUAUAGCACCAUCCCCAGGAUGCAGGAGCCAGGACAGAUUGUGGAGACCUACACGGAGGACCCUGAGGGAGCAAUGUCUGUUGUUUCUGUUGAGACCUCAGAUGAUGGAACCACUCGGCGCACAGAGACCACAGUCAAGAAAGUAGUGAAGACUGUGACAACACGUACAGUACAGCCAGUCCCUAUGGGACCAGAUGGGCUGCCUGUGGAUGCCUCAUCAGUUUCCAACAACUAUAUCCAGACUUUGGGUCGUGACUUCCGAAAAAAUGGCAAUGGGGGACCUGGUCCCUAUGUAGGGCAAGCAGGCACUGCUACUCUUCCUAGGAACUUCCACUACCCUCCUGAUGGAUAUAGCCGCCACUAUGAAGAUGGUUAUCCAGGUGGCAGUGACAACUAUGGCAGUCUGUCCCGGGUGACCCGUAUUGAGGAGCGGUAUAGGCCCAGCAUGGAAGGCUACCGGGCGCCUAGUAGACAGGAUGUCUAUGGUCCCCAGCCACAGGUUCGGGUAGGUGGGAGCAGCGUGGAUCUGCAUCGCUUUCAUCCAGAGCCUUAUGGGCUAGAGGAUGACCAGCGUAGCAUGGGCUAUGAUGACCUGGAUUAUGGCAUGAUGUCAGAUUAUGGCACUGCCCGUCGGACUGGGACACCCUCUGACCCUCGCCGACGUCUCAGGAGCUAUGAAGACAUGAUUGGUGAGGAGGUGCCAUCAGAUCAGUACUAUUGGGCUCCUUUGGCCCAGCAUGAGCGGGGAAGUUUAGCAAGCUUGGAUAGCCUGCGCAAGGGAGGGGCGCCACCUCCUAAUUGGAGACAGCCUGAGCUUCCAGAGGUGAUCGCCAUGCUAGGAUUCCGCUUGGAUGCUGUCAAGUCCAAUGCAGCUGCCUACCUGCAACACUUGUGCUAUCGCAAUGACAAAGUGAAGACUGAUGUUCGGAAGCUCAAAGGCAUCCCAGUACUGGUGGGAUUGUUAGACCACCCCAAAAAGGAAGUACACCUUGGAGCCUGUGGAGCUCUCAAGAAUAUCUCUUUUGGACGUGACCAAGAUAACAAGAUUGCUAUAAAAAACUGUGAUGGUGUUCCUGCCCUUGUGCGAUUACUCCGAAAGGCCCGUGAUAUGGACCUUACUGAAGUCAUUACUGGAACCUUGUGGAAUCUCUCAUCCCAUGACUCAAUCAAAAUGGAGAUUGUAGACCAUGCACUGCACGCCUUGACUGAUGAAGUGAUCAUUCCACAUUCUGGUUGGGAGAGGGAACCUAAUGAAGAUUGUAAGCCACGCCAUAUUGAGUGGGAGUCAGUGCUCACCAACACAGCUGGCUGCCUUAGGAAUGUGAGCUCAGAGAGGAGUGAAGCUCGCCGGAAACUUCGGGAAUGUGAUGGUUUAGUUGAUGCCCUCAUUUUCAUUGUGCAGGCUGAGAUUGGGCAGAAGGAUUCAGACAGCAAGCUUGUGGAGAACUGUGUUUGCCUCCUUCGGAACUUAUCAUAUCAGGUCCACCGCGAGAUCCCACAGGCAGAGCGUUACCAAGAAGCACCUCCCAGUGUUGCUAACAAUACUGGGCCACAUGCUGCCAGUUGCUUUGGGGCCAAGAAGGGUAAAGAUGAGUGGUUCUCCAGAGGGAAAAAGCCUACAGAGGAUCCAGCAAAUGAUACAGUGGAUUUCCCUAAAAGAACUAGUCCUGCUCGAGGCUAUGAGCUCUUAUUUCAGCCAGAGGUGGUUCGGAUAUACAUCUCACUCCUCAAAGAGAGCAAGACUCCUGCCAUCCUAGAAGCCUCUGCUGGAGCUAUCCAGAACUUGUGUGCUGGGCGCUGGACAUAUGGACGAUACAUUCGCUCUGCUCUUCGUCAAGAGAAGGCUCUCUCUGCCAUAGCUGAUCUCCUGACUAACGAACAUGAACGGGUAGUGAAAGCUGCAUCUGGAGCGCUGAGAAAUUUGGCUGUGGAUGCUCGAAACAAAGAGUUAAUUGGUAAACAUGCCAUUCCUAACUUGGUAAAGAAUCUGCCAGGAGGGCAGCAGAACUCCUCCUGGAAUUUCUCUGAGGACACAGUGGUCUCUAUUUUGAACACCAUCAAUGAGGUUAUUGCUGAGAACUUGGAGGCUGCCAAAAAGCUUCGAGAGACACAGGGCAUUGAGAAGCUGGUGUUGAUCAACAAGUCAGGGAAUCGCUCAGAAAAAGAAGUUCGAGCAGCAGCACUUGUAUUACAGACAAUCUGGGGAUAUAAGGAACUGCGGAAGCCACUGGAAAAAGAAGGAUGGAAGAAAUCAGACUUUCAGGUGAAUCUAAAUAAUGCUUCUAGAAGCCAGAGCAGUCAUUCGUAUGAUGAUAGCACUCUCCCUCUUAUUGACCGGAACCAAAAAUCAGAUAAGAAACCUGACCGGGAAGAAAUUCAAAUGAGCAAUAUGGGAUCAAACACAAAAUCAUUAGAUAACAACUAUUCCACACUGAAUGAAAGAGGGGACCACAACAGAACACUGGAUCGAUCUGGGGAUCUGGGUGAUAUGGAACCAUUGAAGGGAACACCCUUGAUG